AUGGUAUGUGGUUGUCCUGCUGUGAUGGAUGAUGAAGUGGUUCUGCAGUGUACUGCUACUGUUUACAAGGAACAACAGAAAUUGUGUCUUGCUGCAGAAGGAUUUGGCAACAGGCUCUGCUUCUUGGAAUCAACUUCUAAUUCCAAGAAUGUUCCUCCGGAUCUCUCCAUCUGUACUUUUGUUCUGGAGCAGUCAUUGUCAGUCAGAGCUCUCCAAGAAAUGCUGGCUAACACAGAGGAGAAAGCAGAAGGGCUAGUUGAUGUGGAAAAAUGGAAAUUUAUGAUGAAGACUGCUCAAGGUGGUGGUCAUAGAACUCUCCUCUAUGGACAUGCAAUAUUACUGCGCCAUUCUUACAGUGGCAUGUAUCUGUGUUGUCUCUCCACAUCACGAACAUCAAUGGAUAAAUUGGCUUUUGAUGUAGGUUUGCAAGAUGAUACCACAGGGGAAGCCUGCUGGUGGACUAUACAUCCUGCUUCCAAACAACGUUCAGAAGGAGAAAAAGUGCGUGUUGGGGAUGAUCUCAUCCUUGUCAGUGUCUCUUCAGAAAGAUACUUGCAUUUAUCUUAUGGCAACAGCAGCUUGCGUGUGGAUGCAGCUUUCCAGCAAACACUUUGGAGUGUUGCCCCAAUCAGUUCCGGAAGUGAAGUAGCUCAAGGCUAUCUAAUAGGAGGUGAUGUAUUGAGGUUAUUACAUGGUCAUAUGGAUGAAUGCCUGACAGUUCCUUCAGGAGAACAUGGAGAAGAGCAGAGAAGAACUGUCCAUUAUGAAGGUGGUGCUGUGUCAAUUCAUGCUCGUUCUCUUUGGCGACUGGAGACUUUGAGGGUUGCAUGGAGUGGAAGUCACAUUAGAUGGGGGCAGCCAUUCAGAUUAAGACAUAUAACAACAGGGAAAUAUUUAAAUCUCAUGGAUGAUAAGAGUCUCCUUUUAACAGACAAAGAAAAAGCUGAUGUGAAAUCUACAGCAUUUUGUUUUCGAUCUUCCAAGGAGAAAUUAGAUUUAGGGAUAAGAAAAGAAGUGGAUGGCAUGGGAACCCCAGAAAUAAAGUAUGGAGAUUCAGUCUGCUUUAUACAGCAUGUAGAUACAGGUUUGUGGCUUACCUACCAAUCAGUGGAUGCCAAGUCUGUAAGAAUGGGAUCUGUGCAGCGAAAGGCCAUCAUGCACCAUGAGGGCCAUAUGGAUGAUGGAUUGACAUUAUCCAGAUCUCAGCAUGAAGAAUCACGUACAGCACGAGUAAUUCGUAGCACUGUCUUUCUUUUCAACAGGUUCAUAAGGAGCCUUGAUGCUGUCAGCAAGAAAGCUAAGUCUUCCAUAGUUGAUUUACCCAUUGAAUCAGUCAGCCUUAGCCUUCAGGACUUGAUUGGUUACUUCCACCCACCAGAUGAGCACUUAGAGCAUGAAGACAAACAGAACCGACUAAGAGCUCUGAAGAAUCGACAAAAUCUCUUCCAAGAAGAGGGUAUGAUCAAUUUAGUACUUGAAUGUAUUGAUCGCUUACAUGUGUACAGCAGUGCAGCUCAUUUUGCUGAUGUAGCUGGAAAGGAAGCAGGAGAAACUUGGAAAUCUAUUCUAAAUUCACUGUAUGAAUUAUUAGCGGCUUUGAUUAGAGGGAAUCGUAAAAAUUGUGCUCAGUUCUCUGGAUCUCUUGAUUGGCUGAUUAGUAGGCUGGAGAGAUUGGAAGCAUCUUCUGGAAUUCUUGAAGUAUUACACUGUGUGUUGGUGGAAAGUCCAGAAGCAUUGAAUAUUAUUAAAGAAGGACAUAUUAAAUCAAUCAUUUGUCUUUUGGACAAACAUGGCAGAAACCAUAAGGUAUUAGAUGUUCUUUGUUCAUUGUGUGUAUGUCACGGAGUAGCUGUGCGAUCCAAUCAACAUUUGAUCUGUGAUAAUCUUCUGCCAGGGAGAGAUCUUCUUCUUCAAACUCGCCUUAUCAAUCAUGUGAGCAGCAUGCGGCCAAAUAUUUUCCUUGGAAUCAACGAGGGCUCUGCUCAGUACAGGAAAUGGUAUUACGAAUUAAUGGUUGAUUAUGUGGAGCCAUUUACAACAGCAGAAGCUACUCACCUUCGUGUAGGUUGGGCAUCAACAGAAGGCUAUUCACCAUAUCCAGUGGGUGGAGAAGAAUGGGGUGGCAAUGGUGUUGGUGAUGACUUAUAUUCUUAUGGUUUUGAUGGACUUCAUCUAUGGUCAGGUUGUGUAGCAAAAUCAGUCAAUUCUCCUAAUCAUCAUCUACUCAGGACUGAUGAUGUCAUCAGCUGUUGCCUUGAUCUGAGUGCUCCAAGCAUUUCAUUCCGAAUAAAUGGGCAGCCAGUGCAGGGAAUGUUUGAGAAUUUCAACACAGAUGGUCUUUUCUUUCCGGUUGUCAGCUUUUCAGCAGGGAUAAAAGUACGAUUUUUGCUUGGAGGCCGCCAUGGGGAAUUUAAAUUUCUUCCCCCUCCAGGAUAUGCUCCAUGUUUUGAAGCUAUUCUGCCCAAAGAAAAGUUAAAAGUGGAACCCAGCAGGGAAUAUAAACAAGAUUGCAAUUGCUCAAGGGAUCUCUUGGGACCAAAUAUCUCUUUGUCACAAGCAGCAUUCACUCCAGUACCUGUUGAUACCAGUCAGAUUGUAUUACCUCCACAUCUGGAAAGAAUUAGAGAAAAACUAGCUGAGAAUAUCCAUGAACUUUGGGUGAUGAAUAAAAUCGAACUUGGAUGGCAGUAUGGACCAAUUAGAGAUGACAACAAGCGACAGCAUCCCUGUUUGGUAGAGUUUGCUAAACUGCCUGAACAAGAACGGAAUUAUAAUCUUCAGAUGUCACUAGAAACAUUAAAAACAUUGCUGGCAUUAGGUUGUCAUGUUGGAAUUGCUGAUGAACAUGCUGAAGAAAAGGUGAAGAAACUAAAACUUCCCAAAAAUUAUCUAUUAUCGAGUGGAUAUAAACCUGCUCCUAUGGAUCUAAGCUGUAUCAAGUUGACUCCAUCUCAGGAAUCCAUGGUUGAUAAACUUGCAGAGAAUGCUCACAAUGUAUGGGCAAGAGAUCGUAUAAGACAGGGUUGGACAUAUGGAAUUCAACAGGAUGUGAAGAACCGUCGAAAUCCUCGCCUUGUCCCCUAUACACUUCUAGAUGAUCGCACUAAGAAAUCAAACAAAGAUAGUCUCCGGGAAGCAGUUCGUACUCUCAUUAGCUAUGGAUAUAACCUUGAAGCUCCAGAUCAAGACCACGCUGCAAGGCCAGAUGUGCUUGAUGGCAUGAUAGAAAGGUUCAGGAUUUUCCGAACAGAAAAAACAUAUGCUGUAAAAACUGGGAAGUGGUACUUUGAAUUUGAGGCAGUAACCGCUGGAGAUAUGAGAAUUGGCUGGGCCAGACCAGGUUGUCAGCCAGAGCAAGAGCUUGGCUCAGAUGAUCAAGCAUUUGUAUUUGAUGGUUUCAAGGCCCAGAGAUGGCACCAGGGAAAUGAGCAUUUUGGCCGUACUUGGCUAACAGCAGAUAUUGUGGGAUGCAUGGUAGAUCUGAAUGAGCACACCAUGAUGUUUACGCUAAAUGGCGAAAUCCUUCUUGAUGACUCAGGUUCUGAACUUGCAUUUAAAGAUUUUGAGGUUGGUGAUGGCUUUAUACCUGCCUGUAGCCUGGGAUUGUCACAGGUGGGCAGAAUGAACUUUGGCAAAGAUGUUAGCACUUUGAAAUAUUUCACUAUUUGUGGCUUACAAGAAGGCUAUGAACCUUUUGCUGUGAAUACAAAUCGUGACAUUACUAUGUGGCUGAGCAAGAGAUUACCUCAGUUUCUUCCAGUACCAGCAAAUCAUGAACAUAUUGAGGUUACAAGGAUUGAUGGAACUGCAGAUAGUUCACCAUGCUUGAAAGUCACACAGAAGUCCUUUGGAUCUCAAAAUAGCAAAACAGACAUCAUGUUUUAUCGUCUAAGCAUGCCCAUUGAAUGUGCAGAAGUGUUUUCUAAAAUGCCUGGAGGAGGAAUGCCAAAUUCUAAUCUUUUUGGCCCAAAGAGUGAUUUGGAUGAUUAUGAUGCAGAUUCUGAUUUUGAAGUUCUCAUGAAGACUGCUCAUGGUCAUCUUGUACCUGACCGUGGGGAAAAAGAAGCUGCAAAAUCUGAGUUCAAUAACCAUAAAGAUUAUACACAAGAGAAACCUUCACGCCUCAAGCAAAGAUUUAUGCUGAAAAGGACGAAGCCAGACUAUAGCACAAGCCAUUCUGCAAGACUGACUGAAGAUGUCCUAGCAGAUGAAAGAGAUGAUUAUGAUUAUCUAAUGCAAACCUCUACAUAUUAUUACUCUGUACGUAUAUUUCCUGGACAAGAACCUGCUAAUGUUUGGGUAGGCUGGAUUACAUCUGAUUUCCAUCAAUAUGAUACAAGCUUUGAUUUGGACAGAGUCCGUACUGUUACAGUAACCCUAGGAGAUGAAAAAGGGAAAGUUCAUGAGAGUAUUAAACGAAGCAACUGCUAUAUGGUGUGUGCCGGAGAAAGCAUGAGUCCAGGGCAAGGACGCAAUAAUAAUGGAUUAGAGAUUGGUUGCUUAGUUGAUGCUGCAACUGGUAUCCUAUCCUUCACUACCAAUGGCAAAGAGUUAAGCACUUAUUAUCAGGUGGAGCCAAGUACUAAAUUAUUCCCUGCAGUAUUUGCACAAGCCACAAGCCCAAACAUUUUCCAAUUUGAGUUGGGACGAAUAAAGAAUGUAAUGCCGUUGUCAGCUGGCUUGUUCAAAAGUGAGCACAAAAAUCCACUUCCUCAAUGUCCACCUCGUCUCCAUGUUCAGUUUUUGACCCAUGUUCUUUGGAGCAGAGUGCCAAAUCAGUUUCUGAAGAUUGAUAUAUCACGGAUCAAUGAACGGCAGGGCUGGUCAAUGCAGUGCCUGGAGUCUUUGCAGUUCAUGUCCCUUCACAUUCCAGAGGAAAACAGGUCUAUAGAUAUUUUAGAACUGUCAGAACAAGAAGAACUGCUAAAGUUUCAUUAUCAUACUCUCAGGCUAUACUCAGCGGUUUGUGCUCUUGGGAAUAACAGAGUUGCACAUGCUAUGUGCAGCCAUGUUGAUGAAUCUCAGCUUCUCUAUGCAAUUGAGAACAAAUACAUGCCAGGCUUGUUACGUGCGGGCUAUUAUGAUCUUCUAAUUGAUAUUCACCUUAAUAGCUAUGCCACUGCAAGGUUGAUGAUGAACAAUGAAUUCAUUGUCCCAAUGACAGAUGAGACUAAAAGCAUUACUUUGUUUCCAGAUGAACACAAAAAACAUGGCCUACCAGGUAUCGGGCUUAGUACAUCUUUACGACCCAGAAUACAGUUUUCUUCUCCCAGUUUUGUGAGAAUUAAUAGUGAGUGCUACCAAUAUAGUCCUGAAUUUCCUUUAGAAAUUUUAAAGUCUAAAACCAUAGAGAUGUUGACAGAAGCAGUUCAGGAGGGUAGCCUACAUGUCAGAGAUCCUGUAGGUGGUACUACAGAAUUUCUGUUUGUUCCUUUGAUCAAGCUUUUUUAUACCCUUCUUAUAAUGGGAGUCUUCCACAAUGAAGAUCUGAAGCAUAUCUUGCAGCUCAUUGAGACCAGUGUGUUUAAAGAAGAUAAAGGCCAUGAAGAUAAAACCCGAAUAUUAGCAAAGGAACUAGUUACAGAAAGUCUAAAUUUAGAAACAGCUGUGGAUAAAAUCAGAAGAGAGAAGGUUCCAGAAGAAGGACUUCUUCAAAUGAAGCUUCCUGAGCCCGUCAAAUUACAGAUGUGCCAUUUACUCCAAUAUCUGUGUGACUUCCAGAUACGCCACAGAAUAGAAGCCAUUGUAGCAUUUUCAGAUGAUUUUGUAGCAAAACUUCAAGAAAAUCAGCGUUUCCGAUAUAAUGAAGUUAUGCAGGCUUUAAAUAUGUCUGCAGCUCUGACAGCCAAGAAAACGAAAGAAUUUCGAUCCCCACCACAAGAGCAGAUCAACAUGCUGCUGAAUUUUAAGGAUGAUAAAAAUGAUUGUCCUUGUCCUGAAGAAAUCAGGGAUCAUCUCCUGGAUUUUCAUGAAGAUCUGAUGGCACAUUGCGGUAUUCAGCUUGACGAAGAUGGAAUUCUAGAUGGAAACAGUGAUUUAACUAUUAAAGGUCGCCUGCUAUAUCUUGUAGAAAGAGUCACACACUUGAAAAAGAAACAAGCAGAGAAGCUAGUUGAUGAUAAUAACAAGAAACCAUCAACUCUCCAACAGCUGAUAUCAGAAACUAUGGUACGUUGGGCUCAAGAAUCUGUAAUAGAAGACCCAGAGUUGGUGAGAGCCAUGUUUGUUUUGCUACACCGCCAAUAUGAUGGGGUUGGUGGCCUAGUUCGAGCCAUGCCCAAGACAUAUACUAUAAAUGGUGUAUCAGUGGAAGAUACCAUCAACUUGCUUGCAUCUCUUGGCCAGAUCCGUUCUCUCCUCAGUGUUAGAAUGGGCAAAGAAGAAGAGAAACUUAUGAUUCGUGGAUUAGGGGACAUUAUGAACAAUAAAGUUUUUUAUCAGCAUCCUAAUCUUAUGAGGGCAUUGGGGAUGCAUGAGACGGUCAUGGAAGUAAUGGUGAAUGUACUUGGAGGAGGAGAAUCAAAGGAAAUCACCUUUCCUAAGAUGGUGGCAAACUGCUGUCGUUUUCUAUGUUAUUUUUGCCGCAUCAGCAGACAGAAUCAGAAAGCCAUGUUCGACCAUCUAAGCUAUCUUUUGGAAAACAGCAGUGUUGGACUUGCUUCUCCUUCCAUGCGUGGAUCAACACCUUUAGAUGUUGCAGCAGCAUCGGUAAUGGAUAAUAAUGAGCUUGCACUGGCUUUAAGAGAACCUGACUUAGAGAAGGUAGUCCGCUACUUGGCUGGCUGUGGUUUGCAGAACUGUCCUUUACUAAUUUCUAAAGGCUAUCCAGAUAUUGGAUGGAACCCAGUUGAAGGAGAACGAUACCUGGAUUUCCUUCGUUUUGCUGUUUUUUGCAAUGGUGAGAGUGUUGAAGAAAAUGCUAAUGUGGUGGUCAGACUACUCAUUCGACGGCCUGAAUGUUUUGGACCAGCACUGAGAGGUGAAGGUGGAAAUGGCUUGCUUGCUGCAAUGGAAGAAGCCAUAAACAUAUCAGAAGAUCCUACAAGAGAUGGCCCUUCAUCAGCUAAUGGAUCCACUAAAACAUCAAGUGAAGUAGAAGAAGAGGAUGAUACUGUUCACAUGGGAAAUGCCAUCAUGACUUUUUAUGCUGCUCUGAUUGAUCUCUUGGGACGCUGUGCUCCAGAAAUGCAUCUCAUCCAUGCUGGCAAAGGGGAAGCCAUUAGAAUCAGAUCUAUUCUGAGGUCCUUGAUUCCUUUGGAGGACUUGGUGGGUGUAAUUAGCAUUCCUUUUCACAUGCCAACAAUAGCAAAAGAUGGCAAUGUUGUAGAACCUGAUAUGUCAGGCGGAUUUUGCCCUGAUCACAAGGCAGCGAUGGUAUUGUUUCUUGACAGGGUCUAUGGAAUUGAAGACCAAGAUUUUCUUCUACACCUAUUAGAAGUUGGCUUUCUACCAGAUCUUCGUGCAGCUGCUUCUUUAGAUACGGUUGCCCUGAGUGCCACAGAUAUGGCCCUGGCUCUUAAUCGGUAUCUUUGCACUGCAGUUUUGCCUUUAUUAACAAGAUGUGCUCCUCUUUUUGCUGGAACAGAACAUCAUGCUUCCCUUAUAGAUUCCUUGCUACAUACUGUAUAUCGGCUUUCCAAAGGCUGUUCUCUUACCAAAGCUCAGCGGGAUUCUAUUGAAGAGUGCCUACUCUCCAUUUGUGGUCAGCUAAGACCUUCAAUGAUGCAACAUUUGUUGAGAAGAUUAGUAUUUGAUAUCCCUCUUCUAAAUGAACAUGCCAAAAUGCCUCUUAAGUUGCUGACAAUUCAUUAUGAAAGAUGUUGGAAAUAUUACUGUUUACCAGGAGGGUGGGGCAACUUUGGUGCUGCAUCAGAAGAAGAACUUCAUUUGUCCAGAAAGCUGUUCUGGGGUAUUUUUGAUGCCUUAUCUCAAAAGAAAUAUGAACAAGAACUAUUCAAAUUAGCACUGCCAUGCUUGAGUGCUGUAGCUGGGGCUUUACCUCCUGAUUACAUGGAAUCAAAUUAUGUUGCUGUUUUGGAAAAACAGGCUUCCAUGGAUUCAGAUGGGAACUUCAAUCCACAGCCUGUUGAUACUUCAAACAUUACAAUUCCUGAAAAACUAGACUACUUUAUAAACAAAUAUGCUGAACAUUCUCACGAUAAAUGGUGCAUGGAAAAGUUUGCAAAUGGGUGGAUAUAUGGUGAAACAUGUUCAGAAUCUUCCAAAGUGCAGCCAUUAAUGAAACAAUAUAAACUAUUAUCAGAAAAGGAAAAAGAAAUUUAUAGAUGGCCAAUCAAAGAGUCUCUGAAAACCAUGCUUGCUUGGGGAUGGCGAGUUGAAAGAACAAGGGAAGGAGAUACUAUGGCUCUUUAUAAUCGUUCACGUCGGAUAUCACAGACAAGUCAGGUUUCUGUAGAUACAGUCCAUGGCUAUAGCCCCCGUGCAAUUGACAUGAGUAAUGUUACCCUGUCCAGAGAGUUACAUGCAAUGGCUGAGAUGAUGGCUGAAAAUUAUCAUAACAUAUGGGCGAAGAAAAAGAAAAUGGAGCUUGAAGCCAAAGUGGGAGGAGGAAAUCAUCCCCUACUUGUACCCUAUGAUACAUUGACAGCCAAAGAAAAAGCAAAAGAUAGAGAGAAAGCCCAAGAUAUUCUGAAGUUCCUUCAGAUUAAUGGCUAUGUUGUGUCCAGAGGCUUAAAGAAUUUAGAAUUAGACACACCAUCCAUUGAAAAAAGAUUUGCUUACAGUUUUCUGCAGCAAUUGAUACGAUAUGUAGAUGAAGCCCAUCAGUAUAUUCUGGAAUUUGAUGGCGUCAGCAGAGGAAAAGGAGAACAGUUUCCUUAUGAACAAGAAAUCAAAUUCUUUGCUAAAGUUGUACUUCCUUUAAUUGAUCAGUAUUUCAAAAAUCACCGCCUGUAUUUCCUAUCUGCAGCAAGCAGACCUCUGAGCAGUGGGGGUCAUGCUUCUAACAAGGAGAAAGAAAUGGUAACCAGCCUAUUCUGCAAACUUGGAGUUCUUGUCAGGCAUAGGAUUUCACUGUUUGGAAAUGAUGCAACUUCAAUAGUCAAUUGUCUUCAUAUCUUGGGUCAAACCUUGGAUGCAAGGACAGUGAUGAAGACAGGUUUGGAAUCUGUUAAGAUGGCUUUGAGAACAUUUUUGGAUAAUGCUGCAGAGGACCUGGAAAAAACAAUGGAAAAUCUUAAGCAGGGGCAAUUCACACACACCAGGAGUCAGCCAAAAGGAGUAACACAAAUUAUUAACUACACAACAGUGGCUCUCCUACCAGUAUUGUCUUCAUUAUUUGAGCACAUUGGACAGCAUCAGUUUGGUGAAGAUUUGAUAUUGGAAGAUGUUCAAAUCUCUUGUUAUAGAAUAUUGGCCAGUUUAUAUGCUUUGGGAACCAGCAAGAGUAUCUAUGUGGAACGUCAACGCUCAGCUUUAGGUGAAUGUUUAGCUGCUUUUGCUGGUGCCUUUCCUGUGGCCUUUUUAGAAACUCAUCUGAAUAGUCACAAUAUUUAUUCUAUAUACAAUACAAAGACAACAAGAGCAGGUAUCAGUUUACCCAACAGCGUAAAGGAACUUUGUCCAAAUAUUCCAUCUCUGGAAAAACUAAUGGAAGAAAUUGUAGAAUUAGCUGAAUCAGGCAUUCGCUAUACACAAAUGCCUCAUGUAAUGGAAGUUAUAUUGCCCAUGCUUUGUAGUUACAUGUCACAUUGGUGGGAACAUGGACCAGAAAACAAUCAUAACAAGAGUGAAAUGUGCUGCACAGCAUUGACUUCAGAUGAUAUGAAUACUCUUCUGGGAAACAUUCUAAAAAUCAUACAUAACAAUUUGGGCAUAGAUGAAGGAGCCUGGAUGAAGAGAUUAGCAGUGUUUUCUCAGCCUAUCAUAAGCAAAGUGAAGCCGGAGCUUCUGAAAACACAUUUUCUUCCACUGAUGGAGAAACUGAAGAAAAAAGCAGCUCUGGUGAUCGCUGAUGAAGAACACUUAAGAGCAGAAGGCAGGGGUGAUAUGUCUGAGGCAGAACUCCUCAUUCUAGAUGAAUUCACUACACUUUCCCGGGACCUUUAUGCCUUCUAUCCAUUGUUGAUCAGAUUUGUGGACUACAAUAGAGCAAAAUGGCUCAAAGAGCCCAACCCUGAAGCUGAAGAUUUGUUUCGUAUGGUUGCAGAAGUUUUCAUUUACUGGUCAAAAUCCCAUAAUUUUAAAAGGGAAGAACAGAAUUUUGUGGUGCAAAAUGAAAUCAACAAUAUGUCUUUCCUUAUUGCUGACACUAAAUCGAAGAUGUCCAAGACAGCUGUUUCUGAUCAGGAAAGAAAAAAAAUGAAACGGAAAGGGGAUCGUUAUUCAACUCAGACCUCUCUAAUUGUGGCUGCAUUAAAAAGAUUGCUUCCUAUUGGACUAAAUAUUUGUGCACCUGGUGACCAAGAAUUAAUUGCCCAGGCAAAAAAUCGAUUGAGCAUGAAGGACACGGAGGAUGAAGUUCGAGAUAUUAUUCGCAACAACCUCCAUUUACAGGGCAAGCUUGAAGAUCCUGCAAUUAGAUGGCAGGUGGCCCUUUACAAAGAUCUACCAAACAGAACUGAUAUUACUUCAGAUCCAGAAAAGACUGUGGAACGGGUUCUGGAUAUAGCUAAUGUACUUUUCCAUCUGGAACAGGUUGAGCAUCCUCAAAGGUCAAAAAAGGCAGUUUGGCAUAAACUCUUGUCGAAACAGAGAAAAAGAGCUGUGGUGGCUUGCUUCAGAAUGGCACCACUAUAUAAUCUUCCACGGCACCGAGCUGUCAAUCUUUUUCUUCAGGGAUAUGAAAAGUCCUGGGUGGAAACAGAAGACCAUUAUUUUGAAGAUACAUUGAUAGAAGACUUAGCAAAACCUGGAGCAGAACCAACAGAAGAAGAUGAAUGUAUUAAGCGAGUUGAUCCUUUGCAUCAACUUAUUUUACUAUUCAGUCGAACAGCUUUGACUGAAAAAUGGUGAGAUAAAAAAGAGAAGAUAUUAAUGAUUUUUCCAGAGUGUUUUUUUCAGAGCUGCCAUGAUGAAGAAGAUAACAAUGAUGGUGAAGAGGAAGUGAAGAGCUUUGAAGUCACAGGAUCCCAACGCAGCAAGGAAAAAGAAAUGGAAAAGCAAAAACUCCUGUACCAGCAAGCAAGACUCCAUGAUCGAGGGGCUGCUGAAAUGGUCCUGCAGACAAUUAGUGCCAGCAAAGGUGAAAUGGGACCAAUGGUUGCAGCCACCCUCAAACUUGGGAUUGCUAUCUUGAAUGGUGGAAAUUCAACUGUUCAGCAGAAAAUGCUUGACUAUCUCAAGGACAAAAAAGACGUAGGCUUCUUUCAGAGCCUUGCUGGUCUUAUGCAGUCUUGCAGUGUUCUUGACCUAAAUGCUUUCGAACGUCAGAAUAAAGCAGAAGGCCUUGGAAUGGUAACAGAAGAAGGAUCAGGGGAAAAGGUGAUGCAGGAUGAUGAAUUUACCUGUGACCUCUUCCGGUUCCUUCAAUUGCUUUGUGAAGGUCAUAAUUCAGGUUUUCAGAAUUACUUGAGAACUCAGACUGGUAAUAAUACAACUGUCAACAUUAUCAUAUCAACUGUGGAUUAUUUAUUGAGAGUUCAGGAAUCAAUUAGUGAUUUCUAUUGGUAUUAUUCUGGAAAGGAAGUUAUCGAUGAACAAGGACAACGUAAUUUCUCUAAAGCUAUUCAAGUUGCAAAGCAGGUGUUCAAUACUCUUACAGAAUAUAUUCAGGGUCCAUGUACAGGUAAUCAACAGAGUCUUGCACACAGCAGACUUUGGGAUGCUGUGGUUGGUUUUCUUCAUGUCUUUGCCCACAUGCAGAUGAAGCUUUCUCAGGAUUCUAGUCAAAUUGAAUUACUGAAAGAGUUAAUGGACCUUCAGAAAGAUAUGGUGGUCAUGCUGCUGUCUAUGUUGGAAGGUAAUGUUGUGAAUGGAACAAUCGGCAAGCAGAUGGUUGACAUGCUGGUGGAAUCGUUCAACAAUGUAGAAAUGAUUCUAAAGUUUUUUGAUAUAUUUCUAAAACUGAAGGAUUUAACUUUCUCUGACGCAUUCAAAGAAUAUGAUCCGGAUGGUAAAGGUAUUAUUUCCAAGAGAGAUUUCCAUAAAGCGAUGGAGAGCCACAAACAUUAUACUCAAUCAGAAACUGAGUUUCUGCUCUCCUGUGCUGAAACAGAUGAGAAUGAAACUUUGGACUAUGAGGAAUUUGUGAAACGGUUUCAUGAGCCGGCUAAGGACAUUGGCUUCAACGUUGCUGUUUUGCUGACCAACUUGUCAGAGCACAUGCCUCAUGAUACACGACUGCAAACUUUCCUUGAAUUGGCAGAUAGUGUUCUAAACUACUUCCAGCCCUUUUUAGGACGCAUAGAAAUAAUGGGCAGCGCGAAGCGCAUUGAACGAGUUUACUUUGAGAUCAGUGAAUCAAGUCGGACGCAGUGGGAGAAACCUCAGGUUAAAGAGUCAAAGAGGCAGUUUAUUUUUGAUGUAGUAAACGAAGGAGGGGAAAAGGAAAAAAUGGAACUUUUUGUUAAUUUUUGUGAAGAUACCAUCUUUGAAAUGCAGUUGGCUGCUCAGAUCUCAGAAUCAGAUCUGAACGAGCGGUCUAUGAAUAAAGAAGAAAAUGAAAACGAGAAGCUGGAGGAGCAAGACCCCCGAAUAGGAUUCUUCUCUCUAGUGACCAUCACAUCAGCAUUAAUAGCCCUCAGGCAUAACAUAAUGACUCUGAUGAAAAUGUUAAGCAUGAAAAGCAUAAAGAAGCAAAUGAAGAAGAUGAAAAAAAUGACCAUGAAGGACAUGGUCAUGGCUCUGUUUUCUUCCUACUGGACCAUUUUAAUAGGUUUCAUGCAUUUUUUAUCGAGUGUCUUCAGAGGCUUCUUUCAAAUCAUGUACAGCUUGCUGCUUGGAGGGAGCCUGGUUGAAGGAGCCAAGAAAAUCAAAGUAGCCGAACUUCUAGCUAACAUGCCUGACCCUACUCAGGAUGAAGUCCGUGGUGAUGGAGAAGAAGUAGAAAGGAAGCCAGUUGAAGCUGCUUUGCCUGCAGAAGACCUGACUGAUCUCAAAGCUCUAUCAGAAGAUAGUGACCUCCUCUCAGAUAUUUUUGGCUUAGAUUUAAAACGAGAAGGAGGACAAUAUAAACUAAUUCCACAUAAUCCAAAUGCAGGCUUGAGUGACUUGUUGAGCAGUCCUUCUUUACUCCCUUUACCUGAUGUGCAAGAAAACGUACAGGACCAGAAGAUGAAUGAAGAUGGAAAAGAUGAAAGGGAAGAUACUAAAUUUGAACAUGAAAAAGCAGAGGGAGAAGAUGGAGAAAAAGAAGAGAAAACAAAAGAAGAUAAGGGAAAGCAGAAACCAAGGCAGUGUCACAAACAUAGGCAUGGUGAACUAGAAUUGCAAGAAUCUGCCUUCUGGAAAAAAAUUAUUGCAUAUCAACAGAAAGUCCUUAAUUAUUUUGCUCGGAAUUUUUACAAUAUGAGGAUGCUGGCUUUAUUUGUUGCAUUUGCCAUUAAUUUCAUUCUUUUGUUUUACAAGGUAUCUACUUCUUCAGUGACAGAAGAAAAGGAAAUACAAGUAGUUAAUACUGCUGAGAAAAUGAAGCUAAACAGCCUAGAAAGUCCUUCUCAUAGAAUCAUCACAGUACACUAUGUCCUUGAAGAAAGCAGUGGCUACAUGGAACCUACACUCCGCAUUUUAGCAAUUUUACACACUGUCAUUUCCUUUUUCUGCAUCAUUGGGUAUUACUGUCUGAAAGUUCCAUUGGUAAUAUUUAAGCGAGAAAAAGAAGUUGCGAGGAAAUUGGAAUUUGAUGGGCUAUAUAUUACAGAACAGCCUUCAGAGGAUGAUAUUAAGGGACAAUGGGACAGACUAGUCAUCAAUACACAGUCUUUUCCUAAUAACUAUUGGGACAAGUUUGUGAAAAGAAAGGUUAUGGAUAAAUAUGGAGAGUUUUAUGGCAAAGACAGAAUCAGUGAAUUGCUGGGAAUGGACAAGGCUGCUCUAGAUUUCAGUGAUGCCCGAGAAAAAAAGAAACCAAAAAAGGAUAGUUCUUUAUCGGCUGUGUUGAAUUCUAUUGAUGUAAAAUAUCAAAUGUGGAAACUAGGUGUUGUUUUCACUGAUAAUUCUUUUCUGUAUCUGGCCUGGUAUAUGACCAUGUCAGUCCUUGGUCAUUACAACAACUUUUUCUUUGCUGCACACCUCCUUGACAUAGCAAUGGGAUUUAAAACAUUACGAACAAUUCUAUCAUCAGUGACCCACAAUGGGAAACAGCUUGUACUAACUGUUGGAUUACUAGCAGUAGUAGUUUAUCUAUACACAGUAGUUGCUUUUAAUUUCUUCCGAAAAUUCUACAAUAAGAGUGAAGAUGGAGAUAUGCCAGAUAUGAAAUGUGAUGAUAUGCUGACGUGCUAUAUGUUUCACAUGUAUGUGGGAGUGCGUGCUGGUGGUGGAAUUGGUGAUGAAAUUGAAGAUCCUGCAGGCGAUGAAUAUGAAAUAUAUCGAAUCAUCUUUGAUAUUACAUUUUUCUUUUUUGUAAUUGUUAUUCUACUAGCUAUCAUACAAGGCUUAAUUAUUGAUGCAUUUGGAGAAUUAAGAGAUCAGCAAGAACAAGUUAAAGAAGACAUGGAGACUAAAUGUUUUAUCUGUGGAAUAGGUAAUGAUUAUUUUGAUACAGUGCCACAUGGCUUUGAAACACAUACUCUACAGGAGCACAACUUGGCUAAUUAUCUAUUUUUUCUGAUGUAUCUCAUUAAUAAAGAUGAAACUGAACACACUGGUCAAGAGUCAUAUGUGUGGAAAAUGUAUCAAGAACGAUGCUGGGAAUUUUUUCCUGCCGGUGAUUGUUUUCGAAAGCAGUAUGAAGAUCAACUUAACUAAUUGUAAUUAAGGACCAUCCCUUGAGAUUCCAUCAACACCUUUCCCAAUUCCCUUGGGAACAAUCAUCAGAUUUUCCAGACCCUUUAAACAGGA